ACUUGGUUUCUGUAAAUCAAUACUCAAUUGGUUCAAAGGCCAAGAUAACAGAAGAAAGAUCAGAAAUCAAGGCAACUGUUAAUUAUCACUACAUGAUCGAGUACAUGGCCUGUAAAUCACAAGCUUUUAUCUGCCAUGUAUUUUUCCUUGUACUGCACAUUUUUCAGCUGCAAUGUGCUGCAACAGAUAACAUAACAGGUAGUUUGAUGUUGGAAGGCGAAACUCUGAUAUCCGAGGGAGGACGAUUCCAACUAGGUUUCUUUAACCCGACUUCUGAUGACCGAAGAUAUGUGGGUAUAUGGUACUCGAAUAGCGCACCAACCAUAAUUGUUUGGGUUGCCAACCGUAAUUCACCACUGGCAACAUCAUUGCCCGGGUAUUUCGGGGUUGGAGAGCGUGGCAACCUCGUGCUGAUGGAUGAAAAAGGAAAUACUUCCUACUUCUCAACCGAUGUCCAAAGCUCUCAGCUGUCUUCUUCCAGGAUGGUGAAGCUUUUGGAUUCUGGGAACUUGGUAUUAAGUGAUACUCAAUCUGGAAAGAUCAUUUGGCAAAGCUUCGAUCAUCCAACCAAUACAUUUCUUCCUGGUAUGAAGAUGGAUGAAAACCUACAGUUGACUUCUUGGAGAAGUGAUGAUGACCCCGGGAUCGGAAACUUUACCUUCCGGCUAGAUGAGGGAAGUGCUAAAUUCUACAGCAUUAAGAACAGGUCAAUCACAUACUGGAAAAGUGGAGAGUCAGGUGCAUUCAUCAGCUACAAUGAUAUGAGUGCAUCUGUAGUGCGUUUCUUAUCUUAUUUUACUACUAAUACUCCUAGAUCUAUCAACUAUACAUUUGGAUCAAUUUCGGGUUAUGAAAAUAGACGGUUGGUGAUGGAUGAUUCCGGGCAGAUACAGUUCUUCAAUUGGGAUAAUAAAAGCAAGAAAUGGUCUCUGAUAUGGUCAGAGCCGAGAGACAAUUGCAGUGUGUAUAAUUAUUGUGGGAACUUUGGCAGCUGCAAUAUUAAGAAUAGAUUGGUAUGCAAGUGCUUACCCAAGCCUAGUAUGCCGGAUAAUUGGAAAUCUGGAGAUUUUUCUGGGGGGUGUACAAGAAAGUCAAUUACAUGUACCGGGAGCGAGGCGUUCUUGAGAUUGGCCAAGAUCAAAGUGAAGAACCCAGACUCCAAUUACCCUAAUGCCAACUCUGAGGAAGAAUGCAAAGAGGAAUGCCUUCAACACUGCAAUUGCUUGGCAUAUUCAUAUGUUAAACCUCAAAUUUGGGCAAGACGCAUCCCCAGAGAGGAAGCGUGCUGGAUGUGGACAACAAGCAAUGGGGAACUCAGUAAUUUACAGGAGGAGUAUGCUGAUGCAGGCGGUGAUGAUCUCUAUGUGCGCGUCGACGCUUCUGAUAUAGGAUCAACAACCAGAAACUGUGACCCUUGUGGCACAAACCCAAUUCCCUAUCCACUAAGCACUGGACAAAACUGCGGUGAUUCCAUGUACUUCAGUUUCCUAUGCAAUUCUUCGACAGGCCAGGUUAGCUUCCGCACACCCAGGAACAUCUUCCGAGUCACUAGCAUCAAUCCAGAUACACAUAGAUUUUUCAUUCAAACAAAACGUUAUGACAAUUGCGAGGCAAGAAAUUCAAGAGACGAAGUACAGCUCAACGCAUCACUUCCCUUUAAUGUCACUAACUGGUGCUACACUGAUUCUGAUACUAGUAAUUCUAAUACACACUCGAAAGGGUGGAAUGAAAUAGAGAUUGCUUGGAAUCUACCAAAAGAGCCAAUCUGUAGUUCAUCCGAAGACUGCAAAGACUGGCCUAAUUCAAGUUGCAAUGCAACACAAAAUGGGAAGGCGAGGUGCCUUUGCAUUGCAAACUAUCACUGGAAUGGCUCGAGUUUAAAUUGUACUCAAGGAGUUAGCAACACUACCCAACCUUGGGAGUCCGAGCAUAAAGGGAAGUCGUUUUCUUCAAAAACCGUGAUUAUCCUUGUCAUUGUUAUUGUUGUGGUUGUACUCUUAUGCGGUAUUAGCUACAUUAUACACCGACGAAGCAUUGUGGCAAAAAGAGAAGAAAGCAGACAAAGCAUCCCAGGAGAUCCAAUGCUUCACUUGUAUGAUAGUGAAAGACGAAUCAAGGACAUGAUAGGCCCAAGACAGUUUGAAGAACAAGAUAAGCAACACAUUGAUGUACCUUUUUUUGAUUUGGAAAGCAUACUUGCUGCUACAGACAACUUCUCAGAUGCAAACAAGCUUGGACAGGGGGGAUUUGGGCCUGUUUAUAAGGGUAAGUUUCAGGGAGGACAGGAAAUUGCUGUGAAGAGGUUGUCAAGCCAUUCGGGACAAGGGAUGGAGGAAUUUAAGAAUGAAGUUUUGUUAAUUGCAAAACUUCAACAUAGAAAUCUCGUUAGGCUUUUGGGCUAUUGCACCAAAGGAGACGAAAAGAUGCUACUCUAUGAAUAUAUGCCCAACAAGAGCUUAGAUGCCUUCAUAUUUGAUCGAACCAUGUGCUUGUUAUUGGAUUGGGAGAAACGAUUCGACAUCAUUUUGGGGGUCGCUCGAGGACUUCUUUAUCUUCACCAAGAUUCCAGAUUGAGGAUUAUUCAUAGAGAUUUGAAAACAAGCAACAUUCUCUUAGACGAGGAGAUGAAUCCAAAAAUUUCAGACUUUGGGUUGGCAAGGAUAGUUGGUGGCAAAGAAACAGAAGCAAACACAAACAAAGUAGUCGGAACCUAUGGUUAUAUGUCCCCAGAGUAUGCAUUAGAUGGUUUGUUUUCAGUUAAGUCUGAUGUCUUUAGCUAUGGAGUUGUUGUACUUGAAAUUAUCAGUGGCAAAAGGAACACAGGAUUUUAUCAGUCCAAACAAGCCACGAACCUAUUAGGUUAUGCAUGGAGAUUAUGGAGAGAAGAGAAGACACUGGAUCUGAUGGAUCAAACACUGGUGGAAUCAUGCAACAGAAGUGAAGUGUUGAAGUGCAUAAUUGUUGGAUUAUUAUGCGUACAAGAAGACCCUGGUGAUCGUCCCACCAUGUCAAAUGUAGUUUUCAUGCUGGGCAGUGAAAGUGCAACACUUCCAAAUCCUAAACAACCAGCUUUCGUUGCAAGGAGAAAGCUUUCUUCCACACCCUCUUCUUCUUCCAGUAAACCGGAAACCCUAUCCAUUAAUGAGUUAACGGUCACUGUAGAAGAAGGCCGCUAAGGAUUGUCGCUGAUAAUUCAGAUAUAUUUGUCAUGGCUUUUGCAUUUAUAUCACUGAUUAUUAGCUCUUAAUUCUUACAUAGAUAGACAAUCAUUAAAAAGGGAAUUAACAGACCGAUUAGCAGAACUAAAUUAUCUUUUCCUGUGUGUGUUUGUACGUGUUUUUAAUUAUCCUGGUGAAAUUAUAUAGAGCAUCAUUAACAUAUGGGAGUUCAGUUGUUCGAAAAGCUCACUUAAUUUUAGGGCAUGGGUUUUAGGCAUCGAAAUCGAGGAUGAAUGUAAUCAUAUAGAAAUCAUGGAGCACUAAUGCAACCUCUAAUUUGCUUUUGAAGCUAUGCCUAACUGAGUAGUAGGGGUGCGUGUGUGUGUGUAUUUCAUAUGGAAGGAGUGAAAUAAUAGUACCUUCUUUUUCAUUCUA